AUGAACCUAGGCAUACAAUUGGGGGAAGACUCUAUCAAGUGCAGUGCUCUAACAUUGACCAGUGAUAUCUUAGAGACUAUCCGAGAUCAACAAAAGAAUGAUGUUGAGCUGCAACAAUUUGUGAGUUGGUUGGGUACUGAGAAAGGGAAGGACUACAGGAUGGGAUCAGAUGGUAUAUUGCGUUUCAGAGAUAGAGUUUGUGUGCUGGGAAACUGGAGAUUGAGGAAGCAAAUUCUAAAGGAGGAACACAAAAGUCGUCUUAGCAAACACUCAAGUAUGACUAAGAUGUACCAAGAUCUGAAACAAUCCUUUUGGUGGAAUGGGAUGAAAACUGAUGUUGCCGACUUCGUGGCAUCAUGCUUGGUAUGUCAGAAGGCCAAGAUUGAACACUAG